UUGUCUUAUCUGUCAACUUGACAGUUUUAGGUUAUGUUUAAACAUAACCUGUUUAAAAAUUUCAAAAACAUCACGUUUUCAUGCAGUUUUUAACGUAUUUUUUUCUAAAUAUUUUGUACAUCGUUUUAAAAUUGUGUCCUAAGUGAAGAUGAGUGAAAAUAAUGGAACGAAACCUCCAGAUAUCGACGAUUUUUUUAUUAUAAAACCAAUUAGUAGAGGAGCUUUUGGAAAAGUGUUUUUAGGCUUUAAGAAAACGAAUUCGGACGUUAUGUAUGCGAUUAAAGUGAUGAAAAAAACUGAAAUGAUUAAUAAAAACAUGGUUUCUCAAGUUUUAAAUGAAAGAAACGCUUUGGCUUUAACGAAAAGCCCGUUUUGUGUGCAACUUUAUUAUUCAUUGCAAACAGAUACUUCCGUUUAUUUGGUCAUGGAAUAUAUGGUUGGAGGCGAUUUGAAAUCUUUAUUGAGUGUGUAUGGGUUUUUUGAUGAAACUAUGGCUGCAUUUUAUGUUGCUGAAGUGUGUUUAGCAUUGCAAUACUUGCAUAAACAUAAUAUAAUUCAUCGCGACAUUAAACCAGAUAAUAUGUUACUCUCAAAAGAAGGACAUGUUAAAUUAACCGAUUUUGGUUUGUCAAAAAUACAAAUUAAUCGUGAUUUAGAAAUCUCUGAUUUUGAAAACUCCACUCCAAAUUUAUGCGCUCGAACUCCAGGACAAUUAUUAAGUUUAACUUCACAUUUGAGCUUUGGAUCUGGUUCAAAACCAAAAUCAUCCGUUUUACAAGAAUUACAACAAAAUACAUCAUCCUCUUUUCACACUCCAGGUUGUUUCUUAGAUCAAAAAGAUAGUAAAAACAUUUCUGGAGUUGAAUUGUUACAUUGCUCAAUGGAAAAUCAAACUGAAACCACUUAUUUUUCUUGUAUAAAUAGUACUCAAGAUAAUUCUAGUAAGAACAUUACAGGUAAUGAUACAUCUCCUAUAACAUCGAGAAUUGAUCGAAAACGAAAACAACGAUCUCCAUCUUCCCCCAGUAGUACACAAAAAGUUUAUGCUAGAACUGGGUUAACAGGGGAAAUAGAAAUGUUACGAUUAGAUACAGUGUGUUCUCCAAAAGGAGUUACAUUCAGUACACCUCUAAGCACACAAAAAUUAAAUAAAUUAAAAAUGAAAUCGACGCGUUUCGAACUCCCCAAAUCAAAUCAACAAGAAAAUUUGAAUUCCUCAAUUAUUAGUCCACCACCAACUCAAAAUUCGAGUUGUCCAGUAACUCCUAAAACGCCAAGAACACCUUAUCGUACUCCAAAAUCAGUGAGGCGGGGUCAAUGGAGUUCUGACCAAAGAAUUUUAGGAACACCUGAUUACUUAGCCCCUGAAUUACUUUUAAGAAAUGGCCACAAUGUAGCUGUGGAUUGGUGGGCUUUGGGUGUUUGUUUUUAUGAAUUUGUAACAGGAAUUCCUCCAUUUAAUGAUAUCAAUCCCCAACAUGUAUUUAAAAAUAUUUUGGAAAGAAAUAUUGAGUGGCCAACGGAUGAUGAAGCCCUUUCAGAACCUACAGUAACUGCAAUUGAAAGUUUAUUAACCUCAGAACCUGAUGAUAGACCAAAGGCUGAGGAUGUUAUGAAAAUGGAUGCUUUUGCUGGAUUUGAUUGGCAGAAUUUGUUGUCAAUAACUCCACCUUUUCUACCUGAUCCUUAUGAUCUUACAGAUACAGGAUAUUUCCAAGCAAGAAACGAACUUUUAAACUUUAAUAUUUCUUGUUUUGACAUUUGAAUUAAUUUAUAAAUAGAUUAUAAUUUAUGUAUCAAGGGGCGGUAAAGAAAUCGGUUCUUUUAAAAUGAAUAUGUUAGUUUUAGAUUUAAAUAAUUAAUGAGUUAUACAAAAAAGCGUUAACGCCGCGAUGUAUAUCAUAUAUAAUUUGUAAUUAAAAAAUUGUAAUUCAUUUUUGAGACACUAACAUUCAUUAAUUUCUAUGGCAAUAAAAUUACUGAAAUGAAAGUUGCCAAAAUGAAUAUUGAUAGAAAGAAGUCAUUGUGUAAAAACAACUAAAAAUGGUUUUGUUGUGUAAAAUAUUAUAAAAUUUUAUAUUAUAGCAAAUAAUAAAUAAUUUUCAUUGAUUUCUUAAUUUUUUUUCUUUUAAUUCCAUCAAUAUCACAAAUG